CACACGCGAAACCUCUUGUCUAUAUACUUGCUUGUGUGUUUUGUAUAUAAAUGUCACGCGUGUUAUCACUAAUUUUAGUUUGAUUAUUAUUGUACGUCUAGUCAAUUAGAGUAUUUACGUUUUAUAAGAAGUAAACAAACUCUGUAGCCUAGUGGUCUUUACCAUUAUUGCCAUGAAUUUACUCGAUCUGAACGAACACACAUUGCUGAUUAUAUUCGUCUUUUGUUCUCUUGCCGAUCUACAAAAUCUUUACUUAACAUGCAAAAAACUUCAAGAAUUCUUUGUUCGGUUCGACCGUCACUUGUUCAAGGGCCAUAGUUUCGAUCUUGUAAUGACUGGCAGUCGAAACAGUGGAAAAAUCCAUCAAAACACCUUACAUGACUUAACAUACUUGAAACGGAUAAAACUAUCGCACAAUUGGCGCUAUGGCAAAUACGACGAGAAAAUACUGUUCAAGCACAAUGUAAUGUAUCCAUCGCAAGUGUUGCUGGAAAAGGAUUUAUUUCACAUGACCCACGGUGGACAGUUACGUAUUCAUCGACGACUGAAGUCAAAAAAAUUGGUAAAAGAACAAGCCCACGAAUUGAUAGGCAAAAGUCGUGACGGUGAUAUUACGGGAUUCGUGAAAGAGGGAAACACCAUCUUCGGGGGACGUGAUAAUGGUUACGCUUUUAUUUAUGAGGACGGCGAAUACUUUGAGGAACGGAUUUCGGAUCACAUCGGGCAACGUAGAGCCUUCAUAAAUGCGGUAGAUAUUCAUGCGGAGACAUUUCUAACUGCUUCGAUGACCUCAAUGAAAAUUUGGCACAAAAUAUACGAAUUGGAUAUGGUGUCGCUGGAGCUGCAGGUGGAGAACGAUGGUAUAUUCAAAUGUAUGAAAUUGUCGCCGAAUGGUGAUGAAUGCUUGGCUGGGAAAUACUCGGAUCGGCUGAAGGAAGCGCUAAGGCUGUUCGAUAUGGAAACAAAUACUGAACGGAUUCUCAGCUCACCAACCAGUUCGGUAUACAGUCUACUGUGGAAGGACGAUAAUACUGUACUCACAGCAAAUUAUGACUCAACCUUACGUCUGUUCGACAUUCGUAGCAACGAUGAACAAGUCUGGAUGGAUCCAUACGAUUCGUCCAUAUAUUCCCUCGAUUAUGACGGACAGUACGGUGUUCUGUGCGGCAUGAUGUACCAUUGUCGAGUGAAUUUAUUUGAUUUAAGAAUGGCAAAGAAAUUCGUUCAGGUGUAUUUUCCGUCACUGCAAAAUGUUCGUGGUUCGCCGGCAUACAGUAUAGCAUGCGAUUCGACUCAACUUUUUAUUGCGACAGAUCACAAUCUGAGGAUAUUGAAUUUUGAUGCAGACUGGGCGAAUGCGAAAGAUUAUUGUGAUAUCUUCAAUUUUGGUUGAGACGAGCCAAGUCGAAUAAAUUGUUUGGGAGUACUGUUGAGGAAAA